AUUACAUUUUGUUUUAUUCAAGCGCAAAUAAAUAGGUAUUUACAUAACAACUGCGUUAGUGUCGUUACAGAGCAGGUCAAUGUUGUUACAGCAUACAAUUUCAACUGUUCAACUUGUUAAACGUAUACCAAUGUAAUUACCAUGAAGUAAAUACAUACAUAUUGUGGAACUGAAUAUCCUACAGUGAUUUUUGUUGUUGUAGAUAUUAUCGUGAAUACACAAGUAGGCUAUAUGUAAGUGUAGCAGCAUAAAAUAGGUUUCAACAUCGAACACGAGAACAAUGGGAAUACAGAAAAGAUCCGUUCACUAUAGGCAACUCUGCAUCCUACAACUGUGGAAUUUCGGCAACAAAGUAUCCACGUCUCUAAGAACUCGGAAAAUGUGUCUGUGAGAGAUGGAGGCGAGGCGGCUGCUUUCGGCUUCUUCCCAGGUCAGUCUGAUCUGAUGCGCGUGGCCAUGCCAGUGGAAAAUACCGUUCAUUUUCUCUCCUUCAUUUUUUCCUUUCUGCGGGAAGCUUCGGAUUCGGGAGCCGUGCCUUCUCUCCUCCUACAGACAUCACAUCCGGGUCAGUUGGCUGCAACUGUGUGUAUAGCGAGCUCAGUUCAGCAACGCAGGCUGAGACAGCUGCUGUGUAUCCUGUGCUGACAUGGAUACGACCACUGGCGUUUGUUGAAACUGUUCACCAUAACAUCAAGCUGGGAAGCUAAAACCAGGGACGCCCGCGGAAAGGACCGAUAAUUUCUUGCAUGGGUGCCCUCAAGGGAUAGCCACUAUUCAGCCAUGUCCAAAAGCCUGAAGAAGAAAAACCACUGGACCAACAAAGUCUAUGAGAGUGUCCUUUGCAGGAAUAAGGAAGGGGAGCUUGGGUUCGAGUUGAAGGGAGGCGCGGAGAAUGGACAGUUCCCUUAUCUUGGGGAGGUUAGGCAAGGCAAGGUGGCCUGCCAGAGCGGCAGACUGUCCCAAGAUGAACUACUCCUUGAGGUCAAUGAAACGCCAGUGGCCGGACUAACCAUCAGGGACGUACAUGCAGUGGUCAGACACAGCAAAGACCCUGUCCGCCUUAAGUGUGUCAAACAAGGGGGCGUCAUAGACAAGGACCUGCGUCACUACCUCAACCUGCGCUUCCAGAAGGCCUCAGUGGACCACGAGCUCCAGCAGAUCAUUAGAGACAACCUCUACCUCCGCACCAUACCCUGCACAACCAGGCAGCCCAAGGAAGGAGAGGUCCCGGGGGUGGACUACAACUUUGUGACUGUUGAUCGGUUUAUGGAAUUGGAGAAAAGUGGAGCCUUACUAGAGAGCGGAACUUAUGAAGAGAACUAUUACGGUACCCCCAAGCCCCCGUGCGAGCCCAGCCCUCUGCUGCUAAAUGUAACAGAUCAGCUCCUGCCGGGCGCCCGACCCAGCUCCAAGGGGAAGAGGAAACGGAACAAGUCGGUCAGCAACAUGGAGAAGGCCGGCAUCGAGCCACCCGAGGAUGAGGAAGAGGAGAGGCCCGUUGUCAAUGGCAACGGCAAUGGCAUCACCCCAGAGUCCAGUGAACAUGAAGACAAGAGUACAGAUGUCUCCUCGGGGGACGUCCCCACCCAGACCUGUCCCCCCACAGAGACCCCCACCACCCCUAACAACGAGGUCCCCCAGGAGGAGGGGGGCGAGCUAGCCAAGUUGCCCCCCAAGCCAGAUGAGAAUGAGAGUGAGCUUGGCCCCCUGCCAGAGAACUGGGAGAUGGCCUACACAGAGAAGGGAGAGGUGUACUUUAUCGACCACAACACCAAGACGACGUCGUGGCUGGACCCGCGGCUGGCGAAGAAGGCGAAGCCACCAGAAGAAUGCAAAGAGGACGAGCUGCCGUAUGGCUGGGAGAAGAUCGAUGACCCUAUUUACGGAAGCUACUAUGUGGACCACAUAAACAGGCGGACACAGUUUGAGAACCCAGUCUUGGAAGCCAAGAGGAGAGUCCAGCAACACCAACAAAUGCAAGAGCAGGGUCUGUCCUCGCUGCCCCUACCUACUAUCUACAGAGAGAAGCCCCUGUUCACACGGGACGCCACCCAGCUGAAGGGCAGCUUCCUGUCCACGGCCCUGCAGAAGAGCAACAUGGGUUUUGGCUUCACCAUCAUCGGAGGAGACGAGCCAGAUGAGUUCCUGCAGGUUAAGAGUGUCAUACCUGACGGCCCCGCUGCACAGGAUGGAAAGAUGGACACAGGUGAUGUCAUCGUGUACAUCAAUGACGUGUGUGUCCUGGGCACCACCCAUGCCGACGUGGUCAAGCUGUUCCAGUCAGUGCCCAUCGGGCAGAGCGUAACCCUGGUGCUGUGCCGUGGCUACCAGCUGCCCUACGACCCCGAGGACCCGGGCGCCAGCGCCGGCACCACCACCACCCUCCUCUCCCCCCUGGGCCUGAUGGAGCAGCGCCCCCUCCUGGUCAAUGGACGCUCCAACUACGACAGCUACAUGGACUACAUCUCGCGCACGGCACGUUUCGUCCAGGAGCACGGUGACCAACAUCUCAACGCCCACCACCACCAUCAACCCCCUCCGCCGCCGCACCCCGGCGACACCCACCUGGACGGCUCCUCCCUGACGCCCGGCGGGCCGCACGGCGAGGACUCGGUGUCCAUGGCGUCAUCGGGGGCGACGCAGGCGGAGCUGCUGACGCUGACCAUGGUGAAGGGGGCUGAAGGGUUCGGGUUCACCAUCGCAGACAGCCCUACGGGCCAGAGGGUGAAGCAGGUGCUGGAGCCCCAGGGGUGUCCUGGUCUGUGUGAGGGGGACCUGAUCAUAGACAUCAACCAGCAGGGAGUGCAGGGCCUUAGUCACACCCAGGUGGUGGAGCUGCUCAAGGAGUGUGCCGUCGGGGCUGAGACAAGCCUGGUCAUCCAGAGGGGUGGAGGAGGUCACUAUUCACCCUGGAAGACCCCUAAACAGGUGUUGGAGCAGUGGGACGCGGCCCAAGGCCAGGGAGGGGGUCAGGGCAGCCCCCAGACCAGUCUGUCUGCCCCCGUUGUCCCCCACAACGCCCCCUUCCUGACCCGCCACCUCCACAGGGCCUCAGUCCCAGACUCUGCCCUCCCCGAGGGCUUUGAUCUGAGCAGGCCCGACCCCUAUGACCUCUAUGAGAAGUCCAGGGCUAUCUAUGAGAGUAGUAGGCAGCCAGGCCUGCCACGGACCAUCUUCUCUGUGGACCACUCUGGGGCAGAGUACCAGGAGGUGGAGGUCCACCUGAGGAGGCAGAAGUCUGGCUUCGGCUUCCGCAUCCUUGGGGGAGACGAGGCGGGUCAGCCUGUGAGUCCGGACACCCGUGAGAAGAUUCUGAUUGGGGCCAUCAUAGAGAAGAGCCCUGCAGACAGAGACGGGCGCCUGCGGCCAGGCGAUGAGCUCAUCUUCGUGGACGGGAUCCCGGUGGCGGGGAAGCCCCACCGCUACGUCAUCGACCUGAUGCACGGCGCCGCCCGCAAUGGACAAGUCAACCUCACCAUCAGGAGGAGGCUACAGGGCCCAGGAGAGCCGUGUCCAGAGAACGGCCGCAGCCCCGGCUCUGUGUCCACCCAGCACAGCUCCCCACGCAGCGACUUCACCAAUGUCACGUAUCCUGGCAACAACGCAGCCCCACCCACUGACGCCAUGGGUACAGGUAGCACCACAGACGGAGAGCCGACCUCCAGCGUGCAGCAGCCACCGAGUGAUGUCAUUAUCCACCGCAAGGAGAGUGAAGGGUUUGGAUUCGUCAUCAUCAGCUCGCUCAACCGGCCCGAGACCGCCGCCGCCAUCAGCGUGCCCCAUAAGAUUGGGCGUAUCAUCGACGGCAGCCCGGCGGACCGCUGUGGCAAACUGAAGGUGGGUGACCGCAUCCUGGCGGUGAACAGCCAGUCCAUCAUCAACAUGCCCCACGCCGACAUCGUUAAGCUCAUCAAGGACGCCGGCCUCAGCGUCACCCUCCGGAUCAUACCACAGGAAGAGCUGAGCCCGUCAGCCCCUAGCUCAGAGAAGCAGAGCCCAGCAGUGACCCAGCAGCACAGUCCUCAGGCCCAGCCCAGUCCCGCCGUGGGCCAGCCCAUCCCUGCAGUCACCCAGAACAGCCCUGCAGUCACUCAGCCCAGCCCUGCAGUCACCCAGCCCAGCUCCCUGACCCAUCAGAGCCCCAUCACACAGACCCCAGCCGCCCCACCCCAGAUCUACACCCACGACAGCAGUUACAGGUCAGAGGUGAAAGCGAGGCAGGAUGUGAAACCGGACAUCCGACAGCCUCCAUUCACAGACUACAGACAGCCCCCGUUGGACUACAGACACCCUCCUGUAGCAGACUACCGCCAGCCACCCACCCUGGACUACAGACACCCUCCUCUGAUGGACUACAGACAGCUGUCCACUGACCCCAGGCAUUUCCCUAUGCCUGUGCCCCACGACUACAGACAGAUCCAGCCACAGAUGCCACAGGUCUACCAGGACUUUGACUUCUUCACCGUGGAGCUGGAGAAGAGUGUGAAGGGGUUUGGCUUCAGUAUCCGUGGAGGGAGGGAGUACAAGAUGGACCUGUUUGUCCUGCGACUGGCCGAGGACGGACCCGCCAUCCGCAACGGGAGGAUGAGGGUAGGGGACCAGAUCAUUGAGAUCAAUGGGGACACCACCAGGGACAUGACCCACGCCCGGGCCAUCGAGCUCAUCAAGUCAGGGGGCCGGCGGGUGCGUCUGCUCCUGAAGAGAGGCACAGGGCAGGUCCCAGAGUAUGGUUGUUACUCCCCUUUCCUUAGGAAUGGUACCUUCCAGUCUCUCCAUGUGCAUGAAAAGUGACAAGCAUGGCUCCCCCUAUUUCUUCCUAAUGGGCCACUCUAAAGACACGACAGUACCUCCCCCUGGGAUGCACGCCCUUCAGCCUCCCCAAGUCUGUCGGAAGUAGCCCUGCCCCCAGACACUCUGACCAUGCCAUCGCCCUCAUCUCAUCUGACCCCGUCCCAGCAGCCCCCAGGCCCCGACCUGGCUCGCCUGCCACCGCAGGAGGUCCCGCGGGAGCCGGCGGUGCAAGAGAGCAGGAAGGCGGAUCGCUCCCAGAGCCCCCGGAAGGCCCCGACCGAGCCGCAAAAUCCGGACCAGACCGGCCACGGGAGGAGGGACCGGGACCGGCCCAGUGGGAGUGGUUGCAGUAAUGGGAGGGCCAAGCAGAAGGAAGGUGGCAGGUCCACCCGCAGAGGGAGCUGCCCCAAAGAGGGAGGGCCGGUGGGGAGGGAUGAGCUGCUACCUGGGGGAGGGGAGCCCAAAAGCUCCUCCAGGGGGAGGUCUAAGGAGAGGAUAGCUGGGGAGAGCAGCAGCACGUCCCAGGGGAAAAGAGAACCCACACAGUCCCCGACGAAAGGCUCCCAGCCCUCAUACACAAACUCUAACGGGAACGGCAGCAGCGGUGGUGGUACUCAGAGCGGCAGCAGCAGUCAACCAGACGUUAGUGUCGAGCAUCAGGGGGAGCCGGCGCAGGAGAAGCCCAGGCCCAGAGAGGCAGAGAGGGGCCCUGGAGAGACCCGGCCCUGCCGCCCCAACAAGAGCACCAGCAGCGGCAGCACGGCAGCGGGUAGGAAGGCCACUGUGUCCCCUGGGCCCUGGAAGAUCCCCGGCUCUGACAAGCUGCCCAGCACCCUGCGCUCGGGCACGUCCACUGUGAGCAGAUAACACCUUGGAGUAUACCCACUACCAGACCCCCAGGCCAGGCUACACUAAGCCUGGCUAGCCCCUUCAUUGGCUCCCCUCACCCUGCCUGCACUCCCCUACCCUCUAGACCUCAGAUGUAAAGGGGGGUUCCUCCAUGCGUUUUUAGAGAACCAUUUUUAUUUAUAUUGUACUCUAAAUUAUUUUGAGAGAUAUUUUACACCGACCACCUUAAGAACUGGAAAGCAUCCACUUAAAAAUUCAAAACAAGAAGAAACCAAGCAGAAUGUGUGUAGCGUGACUGGAUCCUUGAGCAGUGUUAAGGGGUCCGAAUACAGGAACUUCCUUUGGAAGUGCUCAAAUCCCCACAGCACUCCAGUCCAGGACGUACAUGCAAAUUGAACCACUCACCGAUUGGUUGACUGUGACACUGCAGUUUUUUUUUAUACAACGGAGUCUAUUUUAUGAAAGGAAUUUUGAAGAGGGGUUGCCUGUUUUUGUGUAUUUUGAAAAGAGAGAAUGAAAACCAGAACUAGAAAAAGAGUAUACGCAUUAAUGGGACUUUGCCUUAAAUAAGAGACUGUACGAGACUGAAGAAGCUAUCCCGAGGAAUCUAUCAAACGGUAUAGAAAUAAAUCUAUUAUAUGAUGAGUAUUAUGUGGGACGUGAUCAUCUCUAAUGCAUACCUAGUCGGGCCAAUGGUAGUUCUGAGACGCCUCAUAAGCUAGACGAGUGAAGGAACACAACACGGUUUUUCAACACUCCCUUAUAACUCCACAGCCACAAAUCCACUAUAAUAUUGCAUUUCUAGUCUGUGUGGACCCAUUCUACGAGACUGCAGUGGACUCUAAGGGCUGUUCGUGCUUGAAUCAUCAACGGUUGGGUCACAGGAGAUACAUUUCCCCCUCACUGUGCUUCGUGAACAAAGCAAUUUGCUGAGGUUUGUCUGGUGGACAAUGUGGAGAGAGUGAAGGCUCAUGGGAUAUCGGGGCAGAGUGCCUUACGAUCAGGGACCGACAGACAGAGAGGUCUGUUAUGGACUUAAAGAACCUAGAACAUUCUCUAGACUGAUGUGGUUCAAUCCAGGCUGCUACCGUACAGUCAAUACCAAUGUCCCAAUAUUCAUAUACAUCUGUGCCAUGACAGACAUUCAUGGUUUUAUAUCUGAUUGUUGAAAUUUGUUCACUAUAUUUACAGACUCCACAGUAUUUAUUUGGUCAGAAAACAUUAGCAAAUCUUUCCAUUUCCUUACAGAUUGAAGUUAGUUCCACAACUUUUGGGGUUCUGUUGGUAUCUCAUUGUCAGAUAUCGAAACGUCUAGACAGAACAUCUCUAACAGAUGGUGUAAUCAAGCUGUAGCUACACAGAAUUACGUGUUUGGGUGAAAAUAUGGCAAGGGUAUGAAAGCAGGAAACUACACUAGUAUUUCUGGUGGGGAUCAGAGAGAGAGAGAGAAACAUUGCCAUUUGUCACAAGCUCAUUCAUCACUUAAAUGUGUCUAAUGCUCUGUGCUUCACUUAACGCUGUUCAUUUACACAACACAUGAAACACGUUUAUCUCCCAAAGACGCAUAUGUAUACAUUACAACUGACAACUGUCUGGAUAUUCAUUUCAACAUUUGUUUAGUCUCUAAGUGUCUACAUAGCCAGUGACGUUAAAAUAUAUAUAAACAUCUCUCUCUACCAGAUUGUGGCCCAAUUAACUUCGGAGCUCUAGACAGUGGAGGCUCUGUCAGUGGCUCUGUCUACACUCUCCCAUUACCAGUUUACACACACACACACAGGUACACAGUUAAGAAACACACAGUAACACACACACGCACGUCCCUCAGAACCGCCUUGUCAUCCGAUGACUAAGGUAGAGUUUUUUAGUUUUUUAAACUCUCUCAAACCCUCUCUCUGGCCCUGGGACUCACAUUCAUCUGUCACUCUGGUGACUAUUAUACUAUACAUGGAGAUAUGGAGAGGCUACAAUCAUCUAGACAUUAUGAUCAUUGACAGACACAAGAAUCAUUCUUGGCGAUAAAAGAAAAGUCAUUUAGGAGCAAUCCGAAUGUGUCCCCUUUAGUUUCUGCAGACAUCUGAUUUUUGAGUGGUAAUUUGCAGUGUGUCGAGCUAACAAUCCAGCAAAGAGAGGACGACAUUGGCAGAACAAAGCUGUCCCCCUCGGGUGGAAGAAAUGCAGACAGUCUUUCAGAAUAGCAGUAAUUACGAGAGAGGUGAGUGAUGCGCUGAGCCCAUUGGAAUCUCUAUUUAUGAGAGGAAAAUAUAUUUCUUUAAAGCACAAAGUGGUUCAGAGAAUUGGUAUAUAAAUUGUGCUGGGGAACUGACCCUGAGUAGACAGGAGUCUGUGGCUCAGCCACUGUCUGGGCCUGUUUGAAUACUUUAACAAUGCAUCCUUCCUCUCUUCCUUCUCUCUUUCCUAACGUCUUGUAAGAACAAUGGUCACUUCAAGUAAGUAGGCAGCAGGUAGCCUAGAUGUUCAGAGCAUUGGGCCAGUAACUGAAAGGUUGCUGGUUUGAAUCCCAAGCUGAAUAAGUGGAAAAUCUUCCCUUGAGCAAGGCACUUCACCCCAAUUGCUCUGGAUAAGAGCAUCUGUUAAAUGACAAUAAAUAAAUAUAUAAUAAUGUAAAGCAGGUACAUGUUCAUUCAUGUAAGUGUCACUGGUUACUUCAAGAAAGGAUUAAUUUGAACAGUGCCACUGUGUUCACCCCACACACAACCAUUCCUAUAGUGUCUGGCCAGUCCUGACUGUAUACUGCACCUUCAUCACUAAGCCUAUCAUGACUUCUGUGUAGACUAGAGACAAGGAAGAAUGUCCUUCCUUCGUUGCACCGUUCGCCGCUUUUUCUCGUCAGAGCAGUCCCCCAUUGAGGCAAAUAUCAGUACUUUUCUAUGGACAGAUCAGAAGAGAUAGGUAUAUCUAAAACGGUGAGUGUGUUGAAGACUGAAGCACGUACAAUACAUGAACCCCCUGAGCCUACCUAAUGCAGCAGGGUAUCACUGUGUAGUGUUAUUAUUAGCCGUGGUAUUGACCUUGUACAGGUGUGUCGCUAUUAUAAAUAUUACUCAAUGUAUUAUUAUGGAUAGUCCCAGACUAUAAGUGAACGGCCUAUUUUUAUGAAAUGCAACACUAUGGAUAUAUUAACUUUUGCAGAAAUCUUGUUUACCGUAUGAUAUUCUGAAAUGCUGUCAAAUAAAAUCUUGACACGGUG